AACUCCUUGAGCACCUUAAUAAACAUUAAAUCACGUUUCUUUUCUAAGAAAAAGGGUGGAAGGUGUGUCAUAAAAAAUUCUCGUUUGCACAACAGAUACUUUGUCUGGAAGCGCCAGAAGUUAGAUUGCGUUUCUCACUCGUUCGUUUUGGUCAUUCUUCUCUACAGCUGUGAUUCGGUGCUCGUCCCCGGGAACAGCUCCAGCAACACCAUUUGUCAUACUUCGGGUGGGCACGUUGACCUCCGAACAUCUCCGCACCUCAAAACCACGACAAAGAGUCCAACGCCCCCGUGGCACACUGGUACCAGAAGCCCAACCCUCCGCGUCAAGCAGGAUCAGACAGCAGACCCUGGCCGGAUUGCUGGCAUGACCGCUAUUCCGUUACUGCUGGGAGUCAUAGUCUGCUUCAUUGUAUUUAGAAAAAGUGCCCAGAACUGUAUUCCCGUGUGGGACAAGAAAAAACAGCCAUUCCCGUCUUCUGAAAAGCUUCCUGGCAAAUGGCCUCAGGAUCCCAGGGCCCUGGGGCAGGAGAAGGACAGCCUCUUGCAGAGAUCCACCUCCAGCAUUUUGGACAGCUCAUCCGGGUCCGACAAAAGCAGCGAAACCAGCGAGGGAAGUGCGUCCAAGGUGGAAGCGGGCAGCAUUCAACAGAGAUCUCUGCCGCUAAACGACAGGCCGUGCUAUAGCAGAGCAGACUCAAGGGUUUCCGGAAGUGGGAAAACACACGUCAACGUGAGCUGUGUCGUCAGCAUCUGCAAUUCGGGCCACGACCUGUGGCCCCCAGCCCCAAACAGCCCGGUCACUGCUGAGCCCGGGGACCGGGCGGACCUCCCCCUGUCGCAGGAAGAAACCACAACGAAGAGAGAAUCGGGAGGGCAAAUUGCGGAGGAAGUCGAGGACAGUGCGGACUUCUUUGACCCCAGCGGGGAGAAGCCCCUUCCGCUGAGCAUCCCGGACAUGGGCACAAAGGCCUCGUGAGCGGGAAGGGCCACCCGGCUGCCACGGAUGGCUUCCCAGGAAGCGACUUUUGCUUUGCCACGGAAGUGGCUCGGGCAAUUCCAUAAAGGACUCCGGCAGAAAUGAAGCUUGUGAAACAAAACCAAAAAAUCGUCCUAAGGAACAGCGCAGCAGAGUGAC